AUUAUUUGCUUCUUGUCUUGUGAAAACCUUCAAAAGAUGACUUGCAAGGGAAAUAAUACCUACCAACUGAUGGAUUCCAAAGCACUUGCUUCUUGUGUUCUCCUCCUUCAUCUGUUGAUUGUCCUGGGAGCCUGUGAUAUCAUACCCAAGGCCAAGGAUAGUGGUACCAAUGCAAUCAGGCUCCAGGGCAUGGAUGCUAAUAAUCCUCAUCGAAAUGAUAAGACACAUCAUGUUGCUCACGUCCAUGAAAAGAAGUCAAUGCAUGAUCCUUCUCUUUCCUCAUCCCACAUGAUGCAUCAGAUGGAUCCAAGAACAACCGUGUUUUUCGUUUUAGAUGAUAUGUCCUCUCCUUAUCUCUGGCCUAGAGAACAAGCCGAUGCUAUCCCCUUUUCAUUGGCAAAACUCCCACGAGAUUUUUCAUGUGACAGCCCCACCUCACCUUAA